AUGUCCUUUUGCAGGAGAAGAAACGAAGAGCUGGAAAGCAAGACGGCAGAGGCCUUCGCACAAGCUGAAAGCACUCUGAAGGAUCAUCACAAGAGGCUUGCCCGGAGCAUUGACCUAAGUACAGUUACCUCAUCUCAAGAUAGAUUGUCAGGUCGCUCAUCUCCAAGUGGAACAGAGGAUGCUGAAGCGUCUCCUGUUCCAAUCACUGCGAGCCAGCACUACGGGUCUGGCACAAGAAAAAGCAGCACCACCGCUCGUCCCGCUAGGGUCCAGUCUGCGCGCCGGCAGAGCUCAAAAGGGGAGCCUCCAAGCGAAUCCAAACCGUCGACCAGCAGGCGAGUCUCGGCAGCAGACAAAGGACCCGCUCUAGUUGCAUCCAUUAGCACUCCGCGGGAUGACGUCAGCUCGAGCCUCGAGGCGGACCUCCCUCUGGAAGCGGAGCGGCGGCUGCUGAAAGCGCGUGCUCAAGCACUCGAGGAGGAGUUGCGCGAGGCGCACGACGAGAUAGGCGAGAAGGACCGUAAGAUCUUGUCCUUGGAGCGCGAGCUUAAGGAAGUGCUCUCGGAGCGAGCGGCGUCCCAGAAGCAGGCCAAGGCGGGGGACCUCCAGGCGGAGAAGCUGCGGCGGACCGUCGACGAUCUGCACGCGAAACUAGAGGCGCGGGACCGUCAGAUCGCCGAGCUCAGCAAAGAGUUGGAUCGCGUGAGCCGGGGCAAUCAAAAGACGGAAGCGGAGGUACGGGCUCGGGAAGUCAGGCUAAAUAGGGCCCUCGAAGAGGUCGAGAAGUACAAGCGGGCUCUCCAGGAGAACAGGAGCAAUGAAAAGGAGGGGACCGACGUGGCUAGAAAGGACUUUGAUAAGGCCGUCAUGGAGAAGAAAAAGUUGGAGAGGCAGAAGGCUGAACUGAUCGCAGCGUUUAAGAAGCAGCUCAAGCUUAUCGAUGUUUUGAAGCGUCAAAAGAUCCAUCUGGAAGCCGCGAGGAUGCUUACGUUCACAGAGGAGGAGUUCAUGAGAACGAUUGACGUUGACAGCCGGUGA